UGGAUCUCGGCUGAGGUGGCGGAGCAUCAGACUCUCAGAGGCGGGCUGGUUGGGGGGCUGUCGGACUUCUUCAGCGGGUCGUCGAGGCUGCAAGGAGGCUUCCAAGAGGUGGACAUCAUGCAUCGUUUGUGGAUUUGGACGCUGAUGGCGGCUCGUCUGCAGGUGGUGGUCCUGGGCGGCAACAGCGAGGGCGGGCCGCCAUGCGUGAGGGGCUUCUCGCAGGAGGAAUACGUCAUGGAGACGCAGCAUGAGCUGACAAAGGGACAGGCCGUCUUCAAUGUGAGCUUCCAGGACUGUGGCAGAAAGAUGUGGCUGGAUGCUGAUGACGCGUCCCAACUCUACGUGAGCAAGGAGGGAGUAGUGUACACGCUGGGUCAUGUGGAGAGAGGAGAGACGGUAGCAGUGAUCUACGCUCGAGACCUGCAGACCAAACAGACCUGGAAGACUCGAGUGCGCCUUGUUGUCCGUCCAAACAUGGAGGGACCUGGAUUGGUGAAGCCCAGUGAUGCAACACUGACUCAGCGGGCACCAGAGAUCUUGUUUCCAUGGCGCAGCGUGGUUGUCAGGGGCAAUGGCGGGCUGAGGCGAGUGAAGAGGGACUGGGUCAUUCCGCCCAUCAACGUCCCCGAGAACUCGCGCGGACAGUUCCCCGAGGACCUUGUCAGAAUCCGAUCGGACCGGGAUAAGAACUGGUUGCUACGUUACAGUGUGACGGGCCCCGGCGCUGAUCAGCCACCAACUGGCAUCUUCAUCAUCAACCCCAUCUCUGGUCAGCUGUCAGUCACUAAGCCUCUGGACAGGGAACACAUCCCCAACUUCCAUUUGCGUGCCCACGCCGUGGACUUGAACGGCAACCAGGUGGAGACUCCCGUGGAAAUCCACAUCAACGUCAUCGACCAGAACGACAACAGACCUGAGUUCACGCACACCGUUUUCAACGGUUCCGUGCCCGAGGGGUCCAAGCCGGGGACCUUUGUGAUGACGGUGACCGCCGUGGACAAGGAUGAUCCGAAGACGGCCAACGGGAUGCUGCGAUACAAGAUCCUGUCUCAGAGUCCCCAGAGUCCGUCAUCCAACAUGUUCACCAUCAACAACAAAACUGGUGACAUCAUCACUGUGGCAGCAGGCCUGGACCGGGAGAAAGUGUCCCAGUACACGCUGAUCAUCCAGGCCACCGACAUGGAGGGCAACCCCACAUAUGGCCUGUCCAACACCGCCACCACCGUCAUCAGGAUCACAGACGUCAACGACAAUUCCCCCGAAUUCACCACUGACACAUUCUUCGGCGAGGUCCACGAGAAUCUGGUCAAUGUGAUCGUUACCAACCUGACGGUGACGGACAAAGACCAGCCCCACACUUCAGCCUGGAAUGCCGUGUACCGCAUCUUGAGCGGAGAUCCCACUGGACGCUUCUCCAUCCCGACCGACCCCACCACCAACGAGGGGCUCCUCACGGUUAUCAAGCCCAUCGACUUUGAGGUAACGCGCUCUUUUGUGCUGACGGUGGAGGCUGAGAAUGAGGCUCCGCUGGCCCGCGGCAUCCACCAGCCACGCCAGUCCACAGCGACUGUCUCCAUACGCAUCCUGGACCUCAACGAGAGCCCCGAGUUCAGCCCCAAUCCUAAACCCAUCAAGCUGGACGAGGGCUUGCCCGCUGGCUCGCUGCUCACCAGCUUCAUCGCGCAGGACCCCGACCGCUUCAUGAGGCAAACGAUCCGGUACUCCAAGAUGUACGACCCCGCCAACUGGCUGGAGAUAGACUCUGUCAACGGUCGGAUUUCCACCAUUGCCAUCCUGGACCGCGAGUCUCCUUAUGUCAAGAACAACCUCUACAACGUCACCUUCAUGGCCUCCGACAACGGUAUACCGCCGGCCAGCGGGACCGGCACCCUCCAGAUGUACCUGCUGGAUAUCAAUGACAACGCGCCGCAUGUCUUCCCGCCUGAAGUGGAAAUGUGCGAGAAGCCGGACCCCAAUGGCAUCAACAUCACAGCCACCGACCCUGACCUGAACCCCAACGCCGGACCCUUCGCCUUUGAACUGCCCAGCCGCCCGUCAGAUGUGCGGCGUAACUGGACGCUCAGUCGCCUCAGUGGUGAGCACGCUCAACUCCGCCUGCGGACUGGCUCCCUCCCCAACGGCAUCUACGAAGUCCCCAUCACCAUCACAGACUCUGGCAACCUGCCCAUGUCCAACACUUCUUACCUACGCGUCAAAGUGUGCCAGUGUGAUCACCAUGGCGACUGCGUGGACAUGCAGCGCAUCAUGGCCGCCGGCCUAGGAAUGGGUGCCAUCAUUGGCAUCCUCAUCUGUAUCAUCAUACUGCUAGUACUGGUGCUGCUGUUUGGGAUGUGGAUGAAGAGGCGAGAUAAGGAGCGCCAGGCCAAGCAGCUCCUCAUUGACCCCGAGGACGACGUGAGAGACAACAUCCUCAAGUAUGACGAGGAGGGUGGCGGAGAGGAAGACCAGGACUACGACCUGAGCCAGCUGCAGCAGCCUGACUCUCUGGAGCCCGAGUGUGUGAAGGUUGGCAUCAGACGCCUGGACGAGAGGCCCCUCCAUCAUGACCACCAGUACCCCCUACGCUCUGCCGCGCCCCACCCUGGAGACAUUGGGGACUUCAUCCACGAGGGCCUGAAAGCUGCAGACAACGACCCCACGGCGCCCCCCUACGACUCUCUGCUGGUGUUCGACUACGAGGGAAGCGGCUCCACAGCCGGCUCGCUGAGCAGCCUGCACUCUUCCUCAAGCUGCGGCGACCAGGACUACGACUACCUCGGCGACUGGGGGCCCCGCUUCCGUAAGCUGGCCGACCUGUAUGGCGGAGGCGACGACUAGCGCUCUGGCGGCGGCAGGUGUCUUCAGUGGAGGGGAUUCUGGGGGGUCAUUUUUGGGAGGGGGAGGGAUGCUGGGGAAGGGUGUCAGCAGCACUUCUGUUUCAGCGCCAAACAGCUUCUAAGGACUUUCCGAGACUUGUCGCCGUACGACAGUGGCGAGCAUCCGGGAGCUAGCGUGGGAGUGAGGGCGAGCUCGGCGCCAUUGCGAUGGAGGACGCUCACUUACACUUGAAUCUGACAGGACAUGAACACUGAGGUCAAAUGUGCCUUUAUGUACAUUGUUGGCUUGUGUUGGCUCUUCAUUCUCUAUGUUGCUUUCAAGCUCCUAGCAAGCCCACGGCCAUGAUAGUGUUUGUGUGUGUGCGUGUGUGCGCCUGUGUGUGUGUGUGCCUGUGUGAGAGUAAGUUGUUUCCACACUGGAUGGAUGCUGUAAAAGGUCAGAAAAAAACAUGGCAGCUUUACUGUGCAGCUCCAUGUUUUCUAAGGUUGAAAUAUGACAUUAAAAACACUAUAUGCGUUUUUGGGUUUCCAGUAGCGGAAAUGCUCGAAUUAUAGGCGGGGCCUUUAUGAAUAGUAAUUGGAGAGAGGUUGUUAGUUCUCAAGUGUGAAAACUCAUUAUAUACUGAAUAACGAGUUCAUUUUUCUACUUUAAUAAUGAUGCAGUGUGCAUGAGAAAGAGGAAAGUCAAACAUAUUAAUAAUAGUUUACCUAGUAUACAGUGUUUCCCACAGGGGGGGGGGCAGGAGGAUGAUAUGAUUGGCUAUGAUGUAUUUGCAAAAAGUCACAAACAAAACUGAGUGCUUGUAGAUGGUGAAGGGGCCCACAGCAUCAAUCACCCGCCGCUCGUUGAGGACAGCCACAAAAAAAAAAAAAAGG